AUGUCUUUUCCUGCAAUAACAACAUUAACAAGUAUUUGUGAAGAUACUCUAAAUUCAACCAUUUUUGAAAAAACUGAAUUAAAACCAUUUAACAAACAAUUAAUUAAUGAAGAAUAUUUAAAUAAAAUACCAGUAAAUUUCGAUGAAAAUGUAUCAUUAUUAAAUUUAAAACAAUUAUUUCGUACUACACAUUUACAUAUAGCACAUCCAUUACGUUCUUCAUUAUGGAUAAAUCUUCUUCGACAAGAUCAAAAAUAUCAACAAUAUAAAUUUCAACAAGCUAUUGAACGUUAUCCAGAAGAUAUACGUAAUAUGUUUGGUCGUCGGAAUGACAUCACUGUUCGUCUUCCAUCAUGUAUUGAUCUUGAUCAUUUGCCUAAUUAUAAUCUUAAUCGGAAAGGUCAACAUGCACGAACACGAAUCUUAAGUGUAUUUGCUUAUUAUCAUCCUGAUAUAACAUGGGCACCAUUACUUGCUCCAUUAACUGCAUUAUUUUUACAUUAUAUGACUGAAAUUGAUGCUUAUGAAUCUUUAUUAAUUUUAACAAAUAAUAAUUAUAAAAUAAUAACUCAAACAGAAAUACAAUAUCAAUCAUUAAUAUUAGCAUUUCGUUCAUUAUUACGACGACAUUAUCGUUCUACAUAUGAUAUACUUAUGAAAUAUCAACAGAAUAUAUUGGAUAAUUGGCUAUGGAUUAUAUUUGAAUAUUUACCUUUGAAAUAUCUUGUACCAAUUAUUGAUUGUCUCUUAAUUGAAGAUAUGAAAAUUUUAAUACGUUUCACAAUAUCACUAUUGAAUUUUUUUGUUAAAUAUAUUUCCAAACAACAUAUCAAACCUAAACGACGUUAUUCAAUAUUUCGUCGUGAAACAUUUUCUCGUUUAUCAUCAUCAUCAUCGAUAAAAACAAAUGGAACGGCUAAUAAUGAUAGUAGAUUAAUUCAUUUUAUUCAACAAUUAGAUAUACCAAUUGAAAAAUUAUUUAAACAAGCAUUUGCUAUUCGACAUUUACGAAGAAAACAAAUUUUUCGAAUUAUUCAAAUUGAAGAAAUAAAAAUAAAACAAGAACGUCGUCUUGGUCGUCCAUUAUCAUUAAUAAGUGAUCAUAAUGGAUCAAAUUCUAUAUCAACAACAGCACCUAUUCGUUCAUACAAUCAACAAAAUUCAAUUUCAAUCAUAAUGAUUCGUGAAUUUGAUACAACAAUAGCAAGUCAUUCAGAUUUUGCAUAUCUUUGGUCAUUAAUUCCAGCUCGUCUUACGGAAUUUCAACCUGAACGUAUUUAUUCAUCGAAUAUUCAUGGUCGUCGUUUAAGAACUUUAUAUGAUCAUGUCGAAUUUCAUGAACAUUGCUUUAUUAUAAUACGUAAUGAACUUGAAGAAAUUUUUGGUGCUUUUUGUUCAAGUCAAUUUUCACUUCGGUCAAAAACACGUACAUGGUUUGGUACAGGUGAAUCAUUUUUAUUUACAUUAAAACCUAAACGACAAGUUUUUAAAUGGAUUGGUUAUCAAAAAUAUAGUAUGGGUCAUACAAAACCAUAUGAAGAUUAUUUUAUAUAUGCUGAUGAUGAACGUCUUCAAAUUGGUGGAAGUAAAGAAGCACUUGAUAUUGGUUUAUGUAUACAACAAGAUUUAAAUCAAGGUAGUACAAAACAAUGUGAUACAUAUGCAAAUAAACCAUUAUCAACUAAUGAACAUUUUCAAAUUAUGGAAAUAGAAGUCUUUGGUUUUACAAGUUAA